GACGGGCCGGGCACGUGGCAGUGGUCGUGGACCGCCGGCUUUUCAUCAGCGGCGGGGCCUGUGGGACACAGUACUACGGGAAGGGGAAGUGGUACAUCCUGGACACCGAUGCGCCGCCCGUGAUCGAAGUGGCGGCACCACCGGUCUGUGCGGACUCAGUCAGAAGAGUCAUGAGCGAGUACCUGAACAAGCAGGAGUUCUCGGACGUGAGCUUUGUCGUGGAAGGUCGGCGGAUCUUCGCCCAUCGCAUACUGCUGACGCUCUUCUCCGACUAUUUCCGGCGAGCGUUCGCUUGCGGCAUGCGCGAGAGCUUUGAGCCCGAGAUCCUGAUCGAGGACAUGUCCUACGAGACUUUCCACUCACUGCUGGAGUUCCUGUACAUCGGCAGGCUCCAUGUUUCCCAGGCUCAGCAAACCGAUGUCUGCUUCCUGAUGGGCCUCCUGAGGGCCGCGGACCAGUUCUGCGUGGACUGCGUGAAGCAGACCUGCGAAAAGCACCUGAGUGCCCUGGUGGAUUUGGAGAACGUAGAAGUCUUCCUGUUGGAAGCCGAGCGCUUCCAAGCUCUGCAGCUGGUACAGUACUGCGAGUGGUUCAAGCGCCAGCUGGACUACGAAAGCCGGCUGGGAAGCUCUUGUGGAAAGGUUUCUCCACCGGCUGGCCACUGCAUGUCCAGCACAGCACAGUCCCUGGCAGCACGGUCACGGAGGGAGUCCUUCGACUGA